AUGGCCUGUUGGUCCUUUGACCGCAUUUCCCUCAACGGUGUUCUAUUUCCAUCGCCUCUUGCAGACGACGGUACGCGGGUAGCACACGUUGGGCAACUGAAGAGCGCCAAAGCGUAUCUAUGCGUAUGUGUCUAUCGUUUCGAGGAGGUGGAGCGCAUCUCUUCCUCCCUCGCCCGCGUCAGACACCCAUCCCUCGUUUUGCUCCAGAUCGCGGUGUUUCGAGGAGGUGGGCUCGUCUCUAUCAAUCUCUUCGGCUCUCAUUUGUCCCUCUAUCUAUGGAAUUUGGACCUCGAACAGGCCGCCGACAUGUUGGACCCCCUCGUCGUCCCGCGAUCUGGCAAACCGGACCACGGCUUAAAUUUUCCCGUCGAAUGGGGAGCAGUCGUCGCCGUUCCAAUAGAGGCUGAACGGCUCUGCGCAUUCGCUUCGGCGUCCACGAGCCACCCAUCCUCCUAG